AGGGACAAGUCCUGCAGGCAGCAGCCGAUUAAAGGCUUGUGCCCUCUGUGUAGUUACGAUGUUAGGGUUUGUUUUAUAGCGAUGGAAGAUACGGUUUAACUUACUUAAUUUAGUUAUUUUACGACCGGUUCUAGUUUUUAUUGAAAAAAACUAAAAAAAAAAAAAAAACUUGUUGCCUGGCUUCUGGGAUAAUAACACGUCAUUUACCACCGAUUGCAACUUGAGGUGUGUUUCUGGAGUAAAAGGUAUGGACACACAUGCGAUACAGCAGCGAGAGCUCCUGUCUGCAGCGGGUAGCUAGCCAGCUCUAGCUAGCGCUUCCACCUGAACCUUGGUCAUAACCUACAGGACAUUACAGGACUCUUCAUUCCCCCUUGGCCCUCUCUGAACUGGACCAUCCUGGAGGGCGACAUGGGGGAAAGACGGACACAGUCCUUCCACACGACGUGCCACGUGCAACGUGAAUAUGGCAGCAGGAUGAGGAGCUGUUUCAUAAGUUACAGGCCCAACGGCUAUGCCAGCACAAGCCUCAGCCUGGCCCAGGAGAUGGAUGCUGACCCUGAAGCGUCCAGAACUACAACUUCUAGCUCUGCCCUAGCUCCUGAACCUGACAGAAGCCACUACUCUCCUGUUUCACUGGAACAGGACCCCACAGCGGUGAAUAAUGGAUCAGGCAUUCCCUGCUGUCCGCCAGCGGACACAAAGGACCGAGCGCUGCAGACCAUACACAGUCAGCCGUCUAUCACCUCUGUCCCACCACCUGUCCCUCCACCUCUCCCUCGUUCGAGCUGGCUGCAUCAUCAAAAGGAUUUCCACAGCCCUUACAUCAAGACUAGCAUGCAGGGGGAUGUUUACAACUUCCUAGAGAGACCUGCUGGACUAAAAUGCUUCCUCUACCACUUCCUUGUCUUCCUUAUGGUCCUGGUGUGUCUCAUCUUCAGUGUCCUGUCCACUAUAGAGCAAUAUGCAGACUUUGCCACAGGAACCCUCUUCUGGAUGGAGAUUGUGCUGGUGCUGUUCUUUGGCUCGGAGUAUGUGGUCCGGCUGUGGUCGGCAGGCUGUCGCAGCAAAUAUGCAGGCAUCAAAGGACGCCUCCGCUUUAUCAGGAAGCCCAUAUCAAUCAUAGAUUUGAUCGUGGUCAUUGCUUCAAUCAUAGUACUUGGUGUAGGGUCCAAUGGCCAAGUGUUCGCCACGUCUGCCAUCAGGGGCAUCCGUUUCCUCCAAAUCCUGCGCAUGCUCCAUGUGGAUCGACAGGGAGGAACAUGGAGGCUCCUCGGAUCUGUAGUCUAUAUUCAUCGACAGGAGCUGAUCACCACCCUGUACAUCGGCUUCCUGGGCCUGAUCUUUUCCUCCUACUUUGUCUACUUGGCGGAGAAGGAUGCUGUUGACGAGGAGGGCAAGACGGGCUUUUCCAACUACGCCGAUGCCCUGUGGUGGGGUGUGGUGACUGUCACCACAAUUGGGUAUGGAGACAAAAUUCCUCAAACGUGGAUAGGCAAGGCCAUCGCCUCCUGCUUCAGUGUCUUCGCCAUCUCCUUCUUCGCUCUGCCUGCUGGUAUCCUGGGCUCAGGGUUUGCCCUGAAAGUCCAACAGAAACAGCGACAGAAGCAUUUCAACAGACAGAUCCCGGCUGCAGCCUGCCUCAUCCAGACACUCUGGAGGUGCUAUGCAGCAGAGAAACCAAACGGCUGUGCUGCUACAUGGAAAAUGUAUGUUCUCACUCCAGAAGCUGUCAGCACAGUGGAAUCUGACAACUUCAGCCCUAACAUCAGGAAACUGAACAUAUCGAAAAGGGGCACCAAGAGGAGAUUGAAGUCCAGAAGAAAUGGCUCUUUGGGUGUGGCCUCAGACAGGGCUGUGUCGAUCCCCCAGAUCACCUACGACCACAUUGAUGACUCUGAGGAGAAGAAAGAUGUCUCAUUUUUCCAUGAAGAGCCAAGGGGGGAUAUUGAAGGAAUCAACAGAAUGUUCAAACAGCCAGGCCCUCCUCACCAUUCUUGGUCGUCUUUCACUAUGAGCUGCCCUGGCUCUCCAGUCAGGAGGAAUCAUGAUAACAGCACCUUCAUCGACAUCUCCCGUGCCAACAGUUUAACUGAUGAGCUGGACUACGUGAGUGAGGACAUUCCGCUGCCCGUGGUGACUAACCGAACACAUCUUUUGACCUGCCCGCUCAUGGCAUUGGUCCAGGACUCUUUCUCUGCACAGCACUUGAAUUCCACAAGGUUGUCCCAUGCCCAGAGAUCAGCUGUAAAAGUCCUUCGCAGAAUGCAGUACUUUGUGGCCAGAAAGAAGUUUCAGCAAGCGCGGAAGCCCUAUGACGUGCGAGACGUGAUCGAGCAGUAUUCCCAGGGUCACCUCAACAUGAUGGUUCGCAUCAAGGAGCUGCAGAGAAGGCUGGACGGUACACUGGGGAAACCAGGAAUGUUUCUUCCAGGAAAAGGGGAAGAUAAAGAAUACCCAACGAUUGGAGCACGUCUGAUCAGGCUAGAAGAUAAGGUCCAUCAGAUGGACCAGAAAAUGGACUCUGUCCUGCAGAUCCUGAUGGAGCAGUUUCCGCCCAAACCGGAGCUGACGUCCAAGCCCUCCAUUCGCAGGGUGACCAUCCAGAAGUGCAUGGGUGUCAGCAUCGACGAGGGGCCCUGAUAUCACAGCAAUGGUCACACUGGGUAUGAUGACGCCAUCACCAAAGGAGAAGUAUAGGACCAGGAGUUCACAUAAACAGCCUAGCCCCCCUAAAUGGCGGCCAGCUUUCAAAUAAUAAAGGGAUUCAGUCUUCCAAACCUCCUCCAUCUCUUCCAUUUGCAGUCCCAAAUUUUCUCAUUGACUUUUGACCACAGAGAAGAGAACAACUUUUAAUUGUCCACUUAGCGCUGCAUUGCUGUGGGGCAUGAGGGCAAGAGUACCACUUAGAGUGGGAUUCAAGGUGUAGAAAGAUGGCUGACUGACCUCUUUCUUCUGAUGAUUGUCUUUGAGUCUUUUUUCUUCUUCUAAAUCUAGCUUUCUCUUCUACACCAGCAUUGUGGGCCCUCAGUCUACCCCUGAAGCACACAGUCAUUCAAGCAGCAACACGCUGCAUGAAUUUAUUUCACUACAUUAGCCUCAUAAUCACACUACUCAGAUAAUGUUAAUUUAUGUGUGGCCUGUCACUGAGCUGCAUUCCCCUACUCCAAAUAUUAUUCCAAAGCUAACUAACCCAGUAAUGAAGUUGUAAUGCAAUCAAAGCACUCAAGUUCCCCAAAGACACAGAGAAAAACUGAGAGUCCAGCCAUGGCAGAGGCAUUCCUAAAAUCCUUCUGAUUAUCUUGGCACCAUCCACACCCAGUACACAACAGGGUUAUUUCCAUAGCCACAUAUCCAUCUAGCCUAACUGUACUUAGGCUGCACCGGGUGUUUGUUAGUAGUGAUCAAAUAACACGAGGAGGGAAGGGCAGAUUAUCUGUUGACUUUGCCCUGCGUUAGGGACCGGAAGGCUGGAGUAAAAGAAAUGGAGUUAAAGAGAUGUGUCUGGUGCACAUGGUGCUGAUUUACAACUACGUUGAAGCUAAUAAAAAUAGCCAAACUGUUGGUGACAGGCCCGGUGUGUUACAGGAAUACAGUCAGAAAUUAUGGCGUGGUCUCUCAGUUUCCUCACUGGGAGACUUUAUUAUGUAUUGAUCUCAACACUUUUAGUAGCUCCACAACUCACACCACCACCAAGGCCCUGCUAAUAUCCUCUAUUACCCUCUUCAGGGGGCUCACACUGCUGUGUGCAAUUUGAAAUAAAUUUGCCCCAUUAAAGCUCUGAUUAUUUUUUCUCUCCAGAGCUAAUUAAGUGCUGAAUUCCUGGUAAGGGGAGAUUACUCACUGUGAGGGACUAAUGAAAAGAAACACUGGAAAAUGUGCAGAAUUUAAACUGUAAGCUUUGAGGAACAGGCGCACUAAUUCUCUGUGAAAGGUUUGGAAAUAUCCACCUACUACUGAGAGCACACGUUUGAAAUAAAAAAGACAAUGCUCUCACUUUGUUCCCAUACUCUAAGUAUUUAUCUGAUGCUGAGGCAUGUAGGAUGUAGAAAAUAGAAACUAAGUCUAGCUAUGUAGCUACUAUAUGAAAGGCUUCCCAUUAUUAGACAAAUGCACGUCGUCUAGAGGAAGGGUGAAAAAGGGAAGGGGAUAGAGGAAAGCCUUUCUCUCUGCACUAGUAUAUAUUUUCAUAUUUUUGCUGUGUUUAAAAUUUUUAAUUUAUCUUACAUUAAAUAAAGUGGUUGUAUUUUAAAGGCACUCUCAUUUUGUGACAUACCUUGAUACAUAUCUGCCUGUCUGUUCUCCUGUACAGUUUUAUAAAAGUUGUAAAUAGAAACAUUGCCUUAUUGCACUGUAUUUAUUAUCAUGUGGAAAGAUCAACCUGGAACAUGUCUGCUUGUUGAAGUGAUGAGAAACACAGAGAGUGAGGCUCCUGUUGUACAGAUGGAUGGAAAUGAUUGUAAAUGAUAUUCACGCACACCCUCUGCACUGUAGCUCUGUUGUAAAUAAUAAAACUCCAUUUCACUAUA